AUGGACCCCCCCGACGAGUUCAGGGCAAAGCAGGUGGCGGAAGGGCUGCCCGCGGACACGCCGCUUCCCCCGUUUUUCUUGCGCGACCUCGAGGCUAACAAGGCCAAGGAGGCGGAGGCGGAGAGGGAGAAGGAGAGACAGGCGGUGCGGUCGAGCAACCCUUACAUGCAGCAGGACGGGCUGCCCAAGUUCGAGACUAUCGCGCCGGAGGCUGCGAAGGAGGCGUUCGACGUUUUGCUGGAGGACCUUGAGACGGGUUUCGCCAAGUUUGAGGAGGAUCUCGUUGACUUCACGUCCGGGGAGUCUUGGCCCAACGUGGUGACGAUCUUCCAGAAGAUGGGGCAGAGCAAGGAGGUCUACGAUGCGCUCAAGUUUCUCCAGGUCCCUGCCUGCCGAAGGCUCAUGACUGAAGCUCAGAUCCGCGUUGUGGAUGCAUCGGUGAAGCAGAUGGAGCUGGGCGGCGUUGGCCUCGAGGGGGAGGCCAAGGAGGAGUUCAACAAGAUCCAGCUCGAGCUCGCGGACCUGUCGACCAAGUUCUCCAACAACGUCCUCGACGCCACCAAGGCCUUCAGCCUGACCCUCACCGACAAGGCUGACGUUGAUGGCCUACCCGCUUCGGCCUUGGGCCUCGCUGCGCAGUCCGCCAAGCUGAUGGGUGACAUGAAGGCCUGGACGGAAACGCUGGAGCUUAAGCUACUCUCCGUUAAGGCGGAGCUGGAGCACUCGAAGGCGGCCGGAGAAGAAGGUGCAACUCCCGAGGAGGGUCCCUGGAGGCUCACCUUGGACAUGCCCAGCUACCUCCCCUGCAUGCAGCACCUGAAGAACAGGGAGGUGAGGGAAAAGGUUUACCGCGCCUUCACGACCAGGGCCAGCAGCGUGAGCGUGGGCGAAGACGGCAAGUCCCUCGACAACGAGCCGCACAUCGCUCGCGUGCUCGAGCUCAAGAAGACCAUGGCGAGCCUGCUGGGCUACGGGAGCUACGCCGAGGUGUCCUUGGCUUCGAAGAUGGCGGAUAGCGUUGAGGCCGUGGACGACCUGACCGCGAUGCUGAGGGAGAAGAGCUACCCCGCCGCCGAACGCGAGCUGGAGGAGCUUAGGGCGUACGCCAAGGAAAAGGGGAACGACGAGGAGCUCACGCUGUGGGACGUCGCUUUCUGGAGCGAGCGUCGGAAGGAGGAGCUGUACGCCUUCAGCGAGGAGGACCUCCGCCCCUACUUCUCCCUGCCCGAGGUGCUGGAGGGCAUGUUUGACUUGGCCGGGCGGCUGUUCGGGGUAUCUAUUACCCCGGCGGACGGGGAGGCCGAGGUCUGGAACCCGGACGUGAGGUUCUUCAACAUCAAGGAUACGGCCUCCGGGGAACACGUCGCGAGCUUUUACCUCGACGCGUACUCGCGGCCGGAGAACAAGCGCGGCGGGGCGUGGAUGGGCGUGUGCAUCGGGGCCAGCAAGGCUCUGGGGAGGAGCCCCGUGGCGUACUUGACCUGCAACGGGUCCCCCCCAGUGGGGGACACGCCCAGCCUCAUGACCUUCCGAGAGGUGGAAACCUUGUUCCACGAGUUCGGUCAUGGAUUGCAACAUAUGCUCACCACCAUGGUCGACGGGGACUGCGCAGGGAUCAACGGGGUGGAGUGGGACGCGGUGGAGCUGCCUUCGCAGUUCAUGGAGAACUGGUGCUACCACAAGCCCACCGUUGACCAGUUUGCGAAGCACCACGAGACGGGCGAGACCCUCCCGAAGGAGCUCUUCGACAAGCUAUGCGCGCAGCGGACGUACAUGGCGGGCUCGGCCAUGCUCAGACAGCUCUACUUUGGACAG